AUGCAUACUAGCACAGAUAAUAAAGAUGUGGUCAUCGUUGCGGGCUUAGUAUUUUGUUGCAUCUCCGAUGGCUACAUCUUUGGACAAAUGUCAGGAAUGAUAGAUGCUUUGGCUGCACCAAAUAGUCCUAUUCCAGUAUCUCAAGAUGAUAUUUCAUGGAUCGCUUCUACAAUUAAUAUGACUUCUAUAUGUGGAUUUGUAAUUGUUGGCAUCCUAUCGAAAGCUAUUGGACGAAGAUUAUCUACUACUAUUCUUGGGGUGCCGGUAAUAUUAUGCUGGAUAGCGCUUUAUUUCGCACAAGACAAAUUUGUGUUCCUAUUUACAAGGGUAAUAGUUGGUGUGUCGUAUGGCGGAAUAUUUUUUCAAACGAUAUUCAAUUGUGGUGAAUAUCUUCCUCCAAAUAUCAGACAGUUUGCGUGUAAUAUAAUCAUUAGUCUUGGUAAUUUGUUUGGAGUAAUGUUAGGUCAUAUACUUAGUCUUUUGAUGGAUUGGAGAAACGUUGCGCUCUUGGGUAUAAUUCCUUCAGGUUUGGCCUGUCUUCUACCAUUGUUUUGGAUCGAGAGUCCGUUCUGGCUUGCAUCGAAAGGAAAAUUCGAUAAAUGUGAGAAAGCCUUUAAAUCCUUGCGCCAAGCCAAUGAAGUUAAUGAGGCGGAAUUAAGAAAUCUUAUAGCAUAUGAGAAGAAAAAUCAAAGCGAUUUUGUUGCAAGACACAGCUCGAAAUUCAGUGAUAUGAAGAAAGUUAUUUUUGCAUGCAAAGAGUUGUAUUUCUGGAAAAUAACUGCGAUAUUAUUUGUUGUUAAUAUAUAUAGAGCGACUGCUGGUCGUGUUUUACUAAAUACAUUAGCAAUAACUAUGAUACAAGAGAUUACGGGUCGUACGAACGUAUUGCUAUUUACGUUGCUCGUUGAUGGAUUCGGAAUAAUCGGUUCUGUUGCUUCAUUUUAUUUGAUAAAAAAACUGAAAAUGAGGAAACUGUUGUUCAUCUCAGGUAUCAUUUCGAAUACUCUAUUAGUGGUUUUUAGUGCAUCUUUAUAUUUCGUACCGAACGAAUAUUGGUAUCCAUGGAUUAAAGUAGUAUUAAUGGCUUCAUAUUACAUUGUAGUAAAUGCUGGCCCAUAUCCUGUACUUGACGUGUUCAUUGGAGAAGUACACCCAUUGGAAAUUAAAGAGUUCAGUGGCUUUCUAUCAGGAAGUAUAGCUGGAGGAAUUCAUUUUUUAUCAGUUCAAUUGGCUGCAAGCAUGUUUGCGACAAUGGGGUACUCUGGCACGUUUCUAUUCAAUGCUUUUAUCGUAUCAUUUUGUCUCGUAUAUCUAAGUGUUUACAUGCCCGAAACGAAAGGCAGAACUUUACAGGAAAUCGAAAUAUUUUUCAAAACAGGAAAAUUUGACGGAUCCCAAGAAGUAUUUAGUGUUGAAUGUGCAAAUAUUGUUUUAGUUGAAAAGUAA